AUGUCAGUCGUGUUAGCGAGAGAGCGUGUCCAUGGAGUCGUCCAGUCAGAGUCCUGGCAGGUGCUCUCGGAUGUUUACGGUGAACUGGCCGGAGUUGAGGUGAAGGCCGCGAACUUGUUGGACCUCCUAGAAGACACGAGCAGCCAAGGUCUCCCGAGGCAUGCGCCCGUAGGUGGCCUCUCGAUUCCCGAGCUGGCAGCAAUGGUUGGCUGCGUGGCGGCCGCAGACGGCAUCCCAGCAGAUGUGUCGUCCGAGGGCCGUGAAGCUCGGGCACAGCUGGAAGCCCGAGCUCAUUUCGGGCCUUUUACAGACUUUGCAGUGGACCUCCGGGAGGAGGUCCGUCAACGCAUUCGUGUCGCUGGCUUGCCAAAGCCUUUGCCGAUGGGAAGUCUUGAGGAGCCGCAGAGCUACGUCAAUGCCAGCAGGGAGUUGGACCCGCAGGCCAACUUGACGGAGGAGCCAAUCGAGACGGAGGGCUCCCGUCUGGCUGAGGUAAUCAGCGAAAAGCUUGAGACUUUGAAGCUGGUCAAGGAUGACAACCUUCGGGAGUCUCUCUCUGCCGAGGUCUGCGCUGAGGAGGUGGCUCAACGCCGAUUCCUCCAUGAGGACAGUAGAGCGCCUGUGGUGCAUCAUAUUCCGGGCUCACAGCAGUGGGAGUCUUUCUAUCGGCCCAUCGAGGACUGUUCCAGCUACACUCCGGACGUGAUCAUGAUGAACAAGAUGAAAAACUACUUUCUGGACAUGGGUGGUUUGGUGGAGGACCAAGAGGUGAUGCUGGCCAAGAAACAGCGCUUCUCGCAGCUCAAGCGCCUGAAGACAGCGCCUUCGCUUGGUGCCCUUGAGUGA